UCGAUCGUAUUGUCUCGCAAGAUUUUCGGACAAAAUUUUAGCAAAAAAAUGUCGAAAGAAAUGCAGAAUCUUGCUGUUUUGAUUCUUUUUGUAUGUUCUGCUGCAAGAAUCGGAGGUAAGAACACCUCAGGCUGUGUUCCGUCGUCGUGUGGCGAUAUCGUUAUUACCUACCCUUUUCGACUGCGAGGCGAUCCUCCGAAUUGCGGCCAUUCGGACACCAUUUUCAUGCUCGACUGCCACGAGAAUCGAACGACGAUGAAGACCAAAUCGAGAAGCUAUCGCGUGCAAGAAAUCAGUUACAGAAAUUUCUCAGCGCGAAUAUCCGAUCCCGGCGUUGACAGCCACAAUUACUCGUCCUGUCCGAUCUAUUUCUCCUCGGAUGUCGACAUUUUGUCGAGCUACAUUUCGGUUAACUAUGACAACCAUGUCGACGUGGCGUUCUUCAAGUGUCGAAAGCCGGUGAACAAUCCGUUGUACGUCGAGAGCCCUUUCUGCAGCGAUACGAGUGCUCGUCGUUCGAACGUUUCUCGAGAUUUCUAUACGUACGUCGCAGCCUCGAGGAUAUUGGUUUCGGAAUUGGAGGAAUCUUGCACUUACGACGCCGUGACGGAGGCCUCGUUUCCGUCGACUUUGCGUCGAGGCAACUACACGUAUUCGCAGGUUCAUGAUUUGAUGGCUUACGGAUUCGAGCUUUCGUGGAAACGAGUGUUGUGCGUCGAAUGUGAGGACGGCGGGGGAACUUGCUCGAUCGAGAACAACGGUAGAGUUCGAUGUCGUCGUUAUUGCUACGAAGACACGCCCCUUUCGGAGCGUAGUUUCGUCUGCAAACUGGACUACUAUCUUCCUUACAUUAUGAUCGCCGUCUUCGCGAUAGGAGGGAUCAUAGGACUGAGGUUCUUGUUAGGGAUUACGAUGUUGAUCGCGCUGAUGUGGCAUCGAUAUCGAGCCCAGGAUUGCUCGUCCGAUAACAGAGAAGCCGUCGAAGAACUCUCGAGGCUUCAGACAAACGGAAUCCCCAUUAAUUACAGUUAUAGAGAGAUCGAAAAGAUGACGAGAAACUUCGAGGCUAAAAUAGGCGAAGGAAACCGAGGAAGCGUUUUCGCCGGCAAGCUUAAAAGCGGUCCUCCCGUCGCAAUAAAGGUAUUCAAAAUGUCGUCAAUUAACGAUCGAGACUUCGUCAGCAUCGUCUCGAAAAUGGCGAAGAUUAACCAUCUGAAUUCUGUGAAACUAAUCGGAUUCUGCAUCGAAGGCUCGAGACGAGCCUUCGUGCACGAGCUCGCAAAAUGCGGCACGUUGGCAAGCCGCAUUUCAUCGUUAACCUGUCGACAGAUUCUCCGAAUAUGCCGCGGGACAGCGCUCGGGAUCGAGUAUUUGCACGGCGCGGAAGUCCCGCACCUCGGCAUCGAGCCGUCGAACAUUUUGCUCGACGAGGAUUUCAAUCCGAAGAUCAAAGAUCGCGGAAUUAAAGACGUGACGGCUACGGGAUACGCAGCGCCGGAGCUGUUCUAUAAACACGUCGGCGACGUCUCGUGCAAAGCCGACGUAUACAGCUUCGGAAUGGUGAUGAUGGAAAUGGCGGGAAAAUUGCGGGUUUUGAAAUCCGGCGAGACGGACUUCCCGUUGUCGAUUUACGAGCGAUUGAACAAAGGGAAGCGGAUGGAGAUCGACGGCGGAGAUGAAGAAGAGGAGAUGAGGAUGAAGAGGAUGGUUAUGGUGGCGCUGAGAUGCGUUCAGAUUAGGCCUCAAGACAGACCUUCGAUGAAUGAAGUUGUCGGAAUGUUUGAUGAACAGAUAGAAUCACUGCAGCUGCCUCCGAAUCCUUUCCGGGCGUCAGUGUUUAAUGAUAUGUAAGAUGCAAGGAAGAAACAAACUAUAUACUCUCUCCCAUCCAUUGGAAGAGUGACCUUUGGCCUUUGAAC